CCCCAUCAAUAGUGGAUGAAACGACUAACUCAAUGUCUACUUCUACAAUUCUACUUAUUGAAAAUAUUUUGAAACAUAAAAAUAGCGGACAAAGCCGAAGCCGCUGUAAACACUUUGUAAAUAAGAAGCUUCUCUAGAAUCAGAUCCAACAAACCACACCAUUCGAAAAGAGGAAAUAACCAAACAUAAAACUUGCUCACAUCUCACUCAAACCUCCCUCACAUACCAAACAGUGAGAGUUUAGACUUCAUUUCAGCAAGCAAACUCACAAUACUUUCCCCAAUCACUAUGGAUUUCGGGAUCCAAAACCUUAAAUCCCCUCCAUUUUCUCUCCUAAAAUCCCCCAUUUUUAUUAUACUAAUAAUAGUAAUAGCAUUUUCAAAUAUCCAAUUCUCAAAUGGCUCAAUUCACACUUACAACCAACAAGUCUUCAAUGAAGUGGGUAAUGCCUAUCUUGUUGCUGGUGGUAGUGAAGGGAUUCUUGCAUCUCGUUCUUAUCUUUCUUCCCCCAUUUCUACUCGCAUUGUUCCUCAUUCACUUCGUGAUGGAAUCUCUUUUAUUCGAUUUGAGAAUAUCACAUUUUGGAGAAGUAAGGAAGCUGCUCAACAACAAUCGAACUCAGACAAUGGCUCUGGUCUAGUGCAAGUUGUUAUUUUUGAAGCAGCUGAUCGUGAUGAUAUUGGUGGUUCGGCAUAUGGUGGACAACGAUCUAUUUGCUGCACUCCUGAUCUUUCUAAACUUGAAGGAUGUAAGCAAGGGGAAGUCAUUAGAAUACGUUCAUCUUCUGAUAGUCAUUGGCCAGUGAUUCUAAAUGUGAAGUUUAAGGGACAUUCUUUGAAAACUAGAAUGCGCAGACAAGAGGUAUUUGUCUCAAAAACAGGAAUGUAUAACCUCUUCUUCAUUACAUGUGACCCAAAAUUGAAAGGACUUGUUUUAAAUGGGAAGACUGUUUGGAAAAAUCCUGAUGGCUAUUUACCUGGUAGAAUGGCCCCAUCCAUGAAGUUCUAUGUUUUCAUGUCUCUUGCCUACUUGCUAUUAAGCGCAGUAUGGUUUGUUCAGUAUUGGAGGUUCUGGAAUGAGGUUCUGCAACUUCAGCACUGCAUCACAGCUGUUGUUGCUCUUGGAUUGACCGAAAUGUUCUUUUGGUACCUUGAAUUUGCUAAUUUUAACAGCACUGGCGUCAGGCCUGUUGUACUUACCACGUGGGUUGUAACUCUCGGUGCUGCAAGAAGAACUCUUUCACGUAUUCUUAUUCUUUCAUUGUCAAUGGGUUAUGGUGUGGUACGACCUACUCUUGGCGGUCUGACCUCUAAGGUGUUGGUUAUUGGGGGAACUUACUUCUUGGCAACUGAACUGCUAAACAUUACAGAAUAUGUGGGUACGAUAAGUGACAUAUCGGGGAGAGCAAGGCUACUAUUCGUACUUCCUGAUUCUUUCCUGGAUACAUUUCUAAUCUUGUGGAUUUUCACUUCUCUUUCUAAGACACUGGAACAGUUGCAGGUGAAACGAAGUUCUGUGAAGUUGGAUAUCUACAGAAAGUUCUCAAAUGCAUUAACAGUGUCAGUUAUUGCUUCCGUUACAUGGAUAGCAUACGAGGUGUAUUUUAAGGCUACAGAUCCUUACAAUGAGCGGUGGCAGAGUGCUUGGAUUAUCACUGCUUUCUGGGACAUUCUAGCAUUUGCAGUGCUAUGUAUUAUUUGCUAUCUAUGGGCUCCAUCUCAAACUUCUCAAAGAUAUGCAUAUUCAGAAGGAGUUGGAGACGAAUAUAACGAUGAAGAAGUACAAUCUUUAACUAGAGGGAAAUCAGCAGGUGAUGUCAGCUUGGUCAAGCACGAGAAGGAUGCCGGGAAUGGUGGAAAUGAUUCAGAAAAUGAUGACAACGAGCCUGGCAAGGGUGAGUAACAAUUACAACAAAAGAAUUCAUUUCAGUGAAAUGGGAUUUUUGCCUUGACCGCAAUCUGUAUUGAAGAUUCUUCGAGAAAGCUUGUCAGAAUUGUCGGGUCAUAUAGCAGGAGCAGCAGGUACAUAAUUUAGGAAAGUGUUGAUGGCACUAUAAUCCGUAUCAGGGCCGGGGUUCAGCCAUUGAGGUUCUUUAUGAUUGCCUCUCAUGUAUGUAUGUAUGUGAAUUGUGAAUUGUGAAUUGUGAAUUCUUUUUUGUAUUUGUCGUCCUCAUACCAUGCCAUAUUUGUUUGAUUAACUUGUAUAACAUUCGAUCAUCUUCAUUUUCAUUUCCUUUCAAUCUUUGAAAGUUAGAAUGUUGAAUGGUAGAUUUGUUGAACAUGGUAACAUAUAAUUCAUUCAUGCUAUCUGUAAACUAUUUUUGUUA